UCUGCUGAUCCUUCACACCAACCCAGCAGGAAGAGGGAGGAAACAGGAGAGCAAGACAAGAGGUCAAAAUACAGAAGACAGGUGAAUAAACAGUUGCCUGUUUGAGUCCCUGGAUCCAAGGACAGGCAGAAUAGGAACUCCUACUAUCCAGGUGCAUCUGCGCUGCGUUCCGGAGGCGUUGCGUACCCCGAGAGCGAUCACAGCCAUUCAAGUCAAUGUUUGAUAAUCCACCAGCUGCACCGCGGCGCGUCCUAGAAGCGUGCGUGAAGCAGCUCCCCGCUCCGGUCCACUAAAGAUUCGCGGCAGGACGUUUGGACAACCAGUCAGGAAGUGAAGUGUUUACCAAAAGUUACCCCCCAACAUUGUAUACGUCUCCUCUACAACACCACAGAAAACAAGACAUUCAUCUUGGAAAGACAUAAGAGAUCCAUUUUAUAACGCCAGAAAAGAGAUGGUAUGGAGUUUAACUGCAGGAGUGCUUGGAGUGGAAGGUAGAUACUAGCUUAAUAGACACAGGAUUAUUCUGUGAAGUACUUCCAGAGAUAAUAAAAUCUGCGAGUCGGGCAGCAGGACACUCUGGGUGUGGUACGGUGCGUGGCUGAAGACGGAACAGAACCGCGGCACAGGUGGAACACAGCACAGACAUGCCCAGUGGAGAAUCAGGGAAACUGUCCUCAAAAAACAAGCAGAAGCCUGAAAAAACAAGUCAUGCUGAUAAUUCAGAGAGAUGGAAGGAUGGAACAUCAGGACUGCACACAGAAGUGUCAUUAGUGUGAAGUCAUUAAUGUGAGUCAGAGUCCAAACAAGAGUCUGACCUGUGACUGUGAAACCAGUCCAGCGAGGGGACAUCAGGAACGAAGUACAGGAAACUGUGGUCACCACAGUGAUGGAUCGAUUCCCUCCCACAGCCUCACUUCAGGAUGGAAACAUUGGUCUCAUCAAUGCAGAAAUCAUCAAGAGUACAGGAACUGAAGGAGGAGACAUCACAGUUAGAUGCUCCUUCACUUUCUCUGGAUAUAGGAGGAUCUUCUGUAAGGAUGAAUGUAAAAAUGGAGACAUUCUCAUUGAGACAGAAGAGGACACAGCUCAGAGAGGCAGAUACAGCAUUGAAUAUAAAAAUUCAAUAAUGUCUGCUACAGUUCUGUAUGUGAGCAUCACAAAGCUGAAUAAGUCUGACUCAGGACGGUACAGAUGUCGUUUGGACAGAUCUUUAUUCCCAACAUCAUACCAGGAGAUUGAGAUCCGAGUUACAGAUGCUCCAACCUCUCCUCUCAGACCUUCUUCACCAUCAGUCUCAUUGGCGUCCACACUGAUGACAUCACAGAGUUUAAACUCCACACCUUUAUCAGCCUCCACACUGAUGACAUCACAGAGAUUAAACUCCACACCUUCAUCAGCCUCCCCUGAAGCCAGUGAGCAGCCUCAACAGAAACAAACAGCACCAGCUGCACCUCCAGCUCACGAUCUCCCCCUGGUUUUGGGUGUGUGUGUACCUGUGGUGGUGGUGGUGGUGGUGCUGGCUGCUGUUCUGCUGUUCUUCUACAAAAAGAGGACUAAGCACUCUGAUGGUUCAAACCAGAGAGGAAACCCAGACAUCACCAGGACUGAGAUUAACAUCUAUGAGAACUGCCCUCCACUCUCCACCCGUGCAGACUCCACCUACCAGAGUCUGGAUCCAGCCUCCAGGUAUCCAGACCACAUCUACUCUACUCUCUCUUAGAUACAACACCUAUGAUGAUGUCAGCAAGAGUUUCUGCUGAAUGCACAGCGAAGCCUGGCUGCUGUUCAUGGCAAUGAAGGAUUUUAUUACCAACCAGAAGCGUUUCUAGGACAUGAGGAGGUUCAGGACUCAGCCCGGACCCAUUUAAAGGAACACGCCGACUUAUUGGGACUUUAACUUAU